GACCACAAUAAAACUUGUGGCUGAGAAAAUUAAUAUGUAGAGGGGCCAUGACGUGGCAUCCAUAUUCCAACCAUCCCAUCGUUUAAAUUAAGCCAAGAUCAAAAUCGUACUCCUCAAUAUUGCCAACAAGGCCUUCACUACAUCUCUGCUCAACAAAAAACUUUUUCUUAAAAAAAAAAUCUUCACUUUUCCGACGACGGCAACUAAACGGUAAGAUGAGAGAAGUGAAGGACGGAGAGAUAAAGUUAUUUGGAAAGAAAAUUGCGUUGCCGGAGAACGGGAAGAUGCUGCCGGUGAUAGUUUCCGGUGAAGAUUCCGAUGUCGGGAAGUCUGUGAGUGGUAGUGAGGUUGUUACGGGUGAAGAAAGUAGUACCGGGUCGGAUCGUGGUGAUCCAUGCUUAGUGGAUAAGGAAGGAAAUACUUCUUCUGAAUCUGAUGGUGGAAGUGAAUAUGAAAAGGAAGACGCUGAUAAGGAUCAAAUGACAAGAGAGCUUAGUGAAGCCAACUUAGAGGAGAAAUACCAAAGUCAAAUUAUGGAAGAAUCAGAAAAUCCGAAGUCUCCAUCAGAAAACAAGUCUAAAACUACUACCGAUGAUGACUCUCCCACGGCAAAAUCAUCCAGGACUGAGGGUGAUCAAAAUGAUGCAGCCGCAAAUUCCCAGCAGAAACCUCUGAAGAAGCCAGACAAAAUUCUCCCCUGCCCUCGUUGCAAUAGUAUGGAUACGAAAUUCUGUUACUACAAUAAUUACAACAUCAAUCAGCCUCGUCAUUUCUGCAAGAGCUGCCAGAGAUAUUGGACAGCUGGGGGUACCAUGAGGAAUGUGCCUGUGGGAGCUGGUCGUCGCAAGAAUAAGAACUCUGCAUCGCAUUGUCGUCACAUCAUGAUUUCUGAAGCCCUUGAAGCUGCAAGAAUUGAUCCUCCAAAUGGAUUCCAUCAUCCAGCAUUUAAACCCAAUGGCACUGUCCUAUCGUUUGGUCCUGACUCGCCACUGUGCGACUCUAUGGCGUCUGUUUUGAAUCUUGCUGAGAAUAAGACACCAAAUGGGAUCCGAAAUGGUUUUUACAGACCAGAACACAAGAAUCCAUCUGGCCUAGGUGGAGAAAAUGGGGAUGACUGCUCUAGUGGUUCUUCAGUCACCACUUCAAAUUCAAUGGCGGAAGGAGUAAAAAAUCGCGCCCCUGAGGCAGUUAUGCAAACUAUAAAUGCCUUCCCAUCUCCAGUUCCUUGCAUCCCCGGAGUACCUUGGCCUUUCCCAUUUGCUGCUGUUCCUUUCCCCGCAGUUAGCCCCUCUGGAUAUCCUAUGCCUUUCUGCCCUCCACCACCUUAUUGGAAUUGCAGUGUGCCUGGUCCAUGGAGUCUUCCUUGGUUGACUGCACCUUCACCAACAGCAAACCAAAAUGGAUCAGGCUCUGCUCCUAAUUCGCCUUUAGGGAAGCAUUCAAGGGAUGGUGAAUUGCUUAAGCCAAACAAUCCCGAGGGUCAAAAGAACUCAGAGGGGUUUGUUAUAGUACCAAAAACAUUGCGGAUAGAUGAUCCUGAUGAAGCUGCAAAGAGUUCUAUAUGGUCAACACUGGGAAUCAAGUACGACUCUGUUAGCAGGGGAGGACUUUUCAAGGCCUUGCAACCGAAAAGCAGUGAGAAGGAUCACCCUGCCACUACAUUCCCGGCUUUACAGGCUAACCCUGCAGCCUUUUCUAGGUCCCUCAGCUUCCAGGAGAGAGUCUAAAGUGAGCAAUUGUCUCCCUUCAGCUCUGAGGUACAUAGGUUUUUACCAACUUACCUUCCGGAAGUUGGACGUUGGUCUUCCAGCCUGAUGGAUAUUCAAUUACGCAUAAUUACAGAGGCGUGUAUGUAUCAGCGCUGAGAAAUCUUAGGAUCCCUCAAGUGGUCCAACUAAAACCGGGGAAGAUCCGUGUAACAUAUUUUUGCUUGGUCAGUGUGUUUUUUCCAUGUACAUAAACUUUAUACAGCUGACGGUAGUAAGUGGGAAGAGAGAAGUGUUUAGAUGUAUAUCAUGUACCCGUCAAAGUUUUAGUCUGGAAGGCGGCUUCUUUUUUCUAUUUUUCGCGGUGGUUUGAAUAAGAGUUGAGCCUUCUUUUCAGAA